UUUCGCUACACAUUCUUUCAACCCUCACGCUUAGAGGAAUACGAUGGCGGCUGCUAAAGACUCUCUAGCUGGAAUCGAGCGCCAGCGCCUUGAACUUGAGGAGAAUGUACGAAAGCUACGACAGUCUCUCUACGACUGGCGGAUCAGAGAAGCCGAAUACGACGAGCUGAAAGAAGGAGUUGAAUCGCUGGGGCAGGACUGCACUAAAGAUGAUAUUUUGCAACUUGGAAAACACUUCGAAGGAAUAGUCGUGGACGAGAAGGAAGUCAAAGCCCUUGUUGGUGAAUACACCGCCAUUGUUCGAUCCAGAGAUCAUGUCAUUCAACAGAUCUCCAGAAGGCUGGAUUACGUGAAGCAGAACAUCUCGACUUUGGAAAGGCGGUUGGAGUCUGUGGAGGCCAACUUGGAUAAAAUUUUGUCGGUUGAACGGCCUGGUCCGAAUGCGGCUGAAGAACGGUACGCGGUUACUGAGAUUUUUGAGGAGCUGGAUGAAGAUGGAAAUGUUAUAUCGAGCAAAUUAUCAGCCCCAGGGGAUCGUACCCCUGAUAUUAUUGAAGUGCUCAAGAAGGCAGGGGUUGAAGUUCCACAGGAUUCGAAGGAUAAGCAAGCUAGCACGGUGGACCAGAUUGAAGAAGUCAACAACCAGCAAAAGGACCAAGCUUCUCAAAUCCGAGACACCAUGAAUUCAGAACCAGCAGAAUCGAAGGUUGUCCAUGACACCGUGGAUUCAAAGAAUAUCGAAUCCGACGACUCUGAUCCAGAAUCGCCUAUUGCCGAAGUCGACGAGCCCGUUGAAGAUGCGAGGCUUCGUCGAGAGAUGUUGGAAUACAGCUUUCACGAAGUUGGCAAGGUUGUUGCGGAGCUCGAGAUGGAUGAAGAAGGUAGCGACUUUUCCUACGAUGACAAUGAUUACGACGAUGACGAGUUGGGCGAUGAGGAAGAAGAUGAGCAUGGGCGCACCACGACUCGCGUUCUUAGCGAAGAAUAUCAUCAACAGAUGAAGGAAUUGCAGAAGAAGCUCGAAGCCGGUGGUUUUGUCAACUUAGGACCAGCUAAAAACCCCCCUGCUGAAACGAUCGAGGCAAACGAAAAACCCAGUAAUAUGAAAGCCGUGUCAGUAAAGAAAGAAGACAAUGAUGAGACAAAGCCUGCGCCAAAGAAGGUGAAGAAGAAGGUGGCAUUUGCCAAUGAGCUUGACAUUGCUCACGAACCAACACCAAUCCCACCACCACCAAAGGCCGAACGAAAAAUUGAGCCUGUGAAACCGGAGACAACACCUCUUUCUGAAUCUGUUGUCGAGCGAAAAUCUUCCAAAUCAGAAGCCAAUGGAACUUCUGCGCCAUCCGGUACCGCACCGAAAAAGACAUCCAGGUUCAAAUCUGCUAGAAACGGUGGUUUUCCAACUCCUGGAGAUUCCAGUAGUCUAGGACUGGGUAUGAAGCCCUCUACUGUCAAACGGACAGACAUACCUUCAACACCCUCACCACUUCCAUUAUUCCCCGCCACACCCAAGGAACCAAAGCCAUUCUCUCAGCCAAUUGUAGCAAAUGACAUAUUCGCCAAUCCCACCCCAACAAUGCGCGGUGAGCCUCGGCCUCCCGAAGGCAAAACACUUGCAGACAAUCUCGUCGAACGACCAGCCAUUAACAAAGACAACAUUCUCCCUCCAGAACCUGACGAUAUAGAUGAAGACAUACAUCGCAAGGAAGUGGCAUCUGAGUUCUACCGUCUUCGCAAUCGCAAAAUCCAACAGAAGGGCGGAUUCCUGAAUGAAGACGAUGGCAACGAACUCUACGAACUUGAUGAGAAUGAUCAACCAAAGAAACGCGUCAGCAAAUUCAAGGCGGCGAGAGUACGACCUUGAUUCGAGUAGUUUAUAAGCACGAUCUCAAUAAAUUAUUGAACAAGAAAAUCAACGUGUAUUAUUUCCUGGGCUAUCACUUUUGUAGUUCACACCAAAUCAGGAGCUUUUAUGUAUUGAGUGAGCUUGUCUUUAGAUGGGUGACACUCAUACCUAACGUGAUUUGACUCAAGUUCCAUGUCUUGAUCACUAUAAAAGUUCCAAGAUUGACAUAAACAGAAGGCUCUCUGACGGCGCCAUAACUCUCUAUUACGGAGACCAUGGAGGCGUGGUACGUUUCACCUUCUACAUUCAUUCAUACAUACGUACGUGUAACAUUUGGAACCACACGGAAGUAUUGAUUGAUAUCAGGAGAUUAACCAUCAAUACAUGUAUUUAUCAUUAAUAGAGA